GUUACAGGUCUGAGACACACUUUUUUGGUCUUUGUUAGGAGAGUCAGUACUCCGUUUACUUUUGUGGUCCCAUAAAUUGAGAUGAUUUAUGUUUGAAUCUGCUGAUAAGAGGACACUUGAAUGUAUUUUUUCCACACUCAGAAAAUAAAUAUGAGAAUAUCUCAAACUUCUAAGUUGAUAAACGAGUACUCAGGAUUACUCAUGUAACUUGUUUCUACACAUACUUGAAAAGUAUUUGACCAUGUUACUUUCAAAGCUACUGUUAGGUAACUACAGAUUAGUUAUAUUUUACAAGGGAAGCAAAAAUAAAUGUUGCCUUUUGGUCAAAAGAUUGUUUCUGUUUACAGUUUUAGAAUCACUUUAUUUUACCUUGUAAAUUAGCAUUUUUGGAGCAUGACCAGUUUAAAGUCAAAUAAAAAUGUCCCAUAGCUUUAACUAACUUGCACAACAAAGUAGUUCAUCCUGGAGCUGACACUCUUUGUUAAUACUGAUUGUGAAUCAAUUUAAAUCGAGAAUCGAUUCUGAAUCGAAUCGGCACCCCAAGAAUCGGAAUCGAAUCAAAUCGUGAGUUGCUCUAAGAUUCACAUCCCUACUAUUUACCAUUUACCACAUAUUUAAAUUACAUCCUGUACAUACAAUUAUCAAAAAAUGAUUAUUCCAGUCUGUUUUUAUUUCAUAGGGUUUGUGUGCUCAGGGUUAAUGCCAUAGAAAAGGUUCAUUCUCACUGGUGAGUGACAAAUUGUUUGAAAUAUUUGCAAAGCAAAUGAAUUGAUUGAAAAACCGUUUAUUUACACGUGGGUCAUACUUAAACGAUAAAACGUUUUUAUUCCAGGUGCACACAUACGGGAACAUUUUCAUCUUCUUGCUAAUCCAGCUGUUUCCGUGUUUCAAAGUGGACCAAGAGGAUUGUAACGACCGCUCAGAAUCGUUUUUAGGAAGUCGUUUUGCGUCGUUUUGGAAAAGUUUUCAUUUUUAAACUUGUUUGGGACAGGAGACCGUGUCCACGGUUUCCACCACCUGUGCGUUUAGGGUGUUCAAUGAAUUCUAGACUAUUUAGGAACCGUAUGGUACCACUCAUUCAUGUGUCAGAACGUGUGUGCUCCAUUGACCUCCGGGUCACAUACCAUGCAAAGAGGCGGUGCGUUAAUCCCGACCAUGAACAUGUUUGGAGGAAAACCAGGAGACGGGAUGCUGGUGAGGAGGGCUCACUUUUGAGCCCGGUCAGCUGGUAAAAUGCUUGGUGGUAGGCAUGUGCAGAGGCUUGAAAUAUGUUGAGGAGUAUGUUUGUUAUCUAUUCUCCUCGCCGCCGGCUGUCCGGGACCUCCCCUCGAGUUGAGUCGUCAGCAAUUCAUCUCAGAGGCUUCAGGAGAAAAGCGGGAGGAAAUCUGAUCCAAAUGGUGGCGCUAUAAAGCCCUUCACUGAUUUGCAGGUUCAUCAAAACGUAGUCAAGACUUCAUCACUGCUCAUGACCCACGUCCUCCUCUUACAGCUGGCAUCCUGAGCUUCUUCAUCUCUCCUCAGCAGCAGCAGCAGGCUCCAGCAGAACUGUCCCCAACGCUGCUUCUACUUGGGAAGACAUGAAGAUACAAGGCCAUGUGACUUUCUUCCUUUUGCUUGGGGGAAUCUGGGCUCAGAACAGCCGGAAUGCCAAAGCUGGUGGCAAGUCGAGGAAGGCUGGUGGGAUCCAAGCAGGUGAUGCUGGCCAGUCCCCUCCUGCAGUUGAUGUCGCUGCUGCAAGCACUGGGAACACUGGAAGCGGUAGGAGCUCCGAAGGUCCUGCAAACCCAGGACAGGAUGGUGCUGCAGGAGCUCGGGCAGCCGGACCACAGACAGAUGACAUGAGGCUCCACGUCCUCAGGAAUGCUCAGGUUACAUGUAACGAUGGAACAGCAGCUGGGUUCUACCUAAAGGAGUUCAGAGGAAGCCGCAGAUGGCUCUUAUUUUUGGAAGGAGGCUGGUGCUGCUACAGCAAAGAAACCUGUGACUCCAGGUAUCAAAGUAUCCCCCGACUCAUGAGCUCAACGGGUUGGCCCCAAACUAAAAGAGGAACAGGAAUCCUGUCCUCUCAGGCAGAGGAAAACCCCCACUGGCAUAAUGCAAACAUUGUAUUCAUCCCGUACUGUUCCAGUGAUGUUUGGAGCGGCACGGGGCCUGCCCCCACCCCACCACCAAGAACACGACAAGGACGGGAAAAAGCAAGGGAGAGAAUCACCAACACAACUGACUACACGUUCAUGGGAUCCCUUAUUAUCCGUGAGGUCAUCAAAGACCUCAUCCCCAAAGGAAUCAAGCAGGCAAAGGUUGUCCUGCUUUCUGGCACCAGCGCCGGAGGAACAGGUGUUCUGCUGAACAUCGAGAGGGUUGCCAGUCAGCUGGAGCAGCUCGGCGCUGAGGCUCAGGUCCGAGGCCUGGUGGAUUCCGGCUGGUUUCUAGAGAGUAAGCAGCAGAGGUCCCCAAACUGUCCUGAGACUGUUUCCUGCUCACCUGAAGAUGCUAUAAAGAUUGGACUCAGGUUGUGGAACGGAGCCGUGCCUGACCGAUGCCGGCAGCUCUACAGGAGAGGCGAGGAGUGGCAGUGCUUCUUCGGGCACAGAUUGUACUCCACCUUGACCUCUCCUCUGUUCAUCGUGCAGUGGCUAUUUGAUGAGGAGCAGCUGAGAGGAGAAAACAUCUUCCUGGGGGCACACAGUCUGUCUGAAGAGCAGUGGCAGUACAUACAGAACCUGGGCUUGGAGCUGAAAACCUCCCUGAGAGAUGUCACGGCUGUUUUUGCUCCGUCUUGUCUCUCCCACACGGUCAUCACCAAAGGCAACUGGGUCAGUUUCCAAGUUAAAGGCACCAACCUCCCACGGGCCCUGCACUGCUGGGACAGGAGUCUGGAGGCAACUCGUAACAACAGAACCCCCGCUAAAGGUUGUCCAUUCCACCUGGUGGACACCUGCCAGUGGCCCCAGUGUAACCCCACCUGCCCAGCUCUGGUGGACCGGGCCACCCAGCAGGAGCUUACUUUGCUCCAGAUGCUGGUAGCCAUGGGCCUUGACCCCCAGAAGCUCGGCCUGGAUCCCCAGGGAGAUACAGAUUCUCUGGUUAGCAUGGUCAGUAACGGUGGCUAAGCGUCAACACGAAGGGGAAGGAAAAGAGAAAUGAGGGAAAUAAAAGUGUUGAAGUGUAGCGUAACCAUAGGAAGUCUGUAGAAAUCUGGUUACUAGAUGUUGUCCUGCUCAGCAUUCCAUUAUGCUCCACAUGUCUGUUACAUCCGAGUCUAGGCCGGUGGGUUUGUCCCUGCUGCAUCUGGGUUUGUUUUUGUUUUAGUGGACCCUCUAGUGGACACCGGGGAGAUAACUCCACACCGAAGGCACUUCAACCACCUCGGUCACAGAGCUUUUAGCUCCACCAGAUGGCUGCACAUAACCCACAACACACACUUUCAUCCUGAUCACUCUCACAUCCAACAGCACCAUAAUCAGGCUUAAUGAACAAAAAUCCUGCACAAAAUCAGAAGCACAAAUGACACAUUUAAUACCACAGGGUUUUUAUUCUCCUUUAAAAACAGCAUAACUUAUUUGUGCACACAAAGGCACUGCAGAAAUUUGGUGGCUUAGUAUUAUUUUUUAGCAACUAAUGCUAUGCUAACUUAUGUACAUACACCCUAAUAUCUAUACACAUAUUUUAUAUGCAUGCAAAACAAAGUGUGAUUAGUUAAUGUUGUUUCUUUUGCAAGCAAGCAGAGUGGCUUUGCUGUUUUACCGUAUUUAAUUAUGAAAUGUGUGAAGUAGUUUUUGACUUGUGAACUUUUCAUUGAAAGACAAUGUGGUGAUUCACUGCUCAGUGGUCAUUGUCAUCCUCGGUGUGUGUUUUUGUGACAGUUAUUGACGGUUCUGUUCCUUGGUUGAUGUACAUGUGAAAACAUAAAAAAAAUAAAAGAUUUAAAACUUG